AUGGCGGCGGCCAUCUACGAACCUCAACUCAUCACGCGCAAUCCCUUCGCGCGAGAUCCAGCUGUACGACUCCGCGGCAAGUCAAAACCCAAGGGCGUGCAGCGAGCGAGGCUGAAACAUCGCGCCAUCAUCGAGCAGCAAGCAGCGGCAGAGGCAGAAGCCAGACUGCAAGCUAUAGUCGCGCAAAAGACCGAGCCCGAUCUCUUGGACAGGUACGCGGAACCCUCAUUCAUGUUCAAGAUGCAGGCCGAAAUUGACAAUCCCAGAUUCUUCGCCCUGCCUUCCGAAGUGCGAAACCAUGUCUACCGUCUUCUCGUAGUGCAGCCAUGCAAAUUCGGCUUCAACCACUCCUUCCAAUGCAAGCGACUAUUUUACGCAUACCCGGGUCCAGCCCAUACCGCUUCAGGCCCAGAGAGAAACAUGAACUUCUCCUGCGCCGACUGUCGAUCGUACGCUUGGAGCCAAACACGCCCUGUGUUUGUGUCGCCGGCGCGCAGCCAAUGGUCACCUCCCAUGACGAACGAGUACUUGUGUGAUAACUGCUACUCCGAGAAUGUACGGGCCAAGCGAGAACCGCAUCCCACGCUGCGGAAUCUCAAGUGUCUCUGUGCGCGACGACAGAAUCUUCAUAUUUUCCUUAUCAACAGACGGUUUUAUAAAGAAGCGUCACAUGUGUUCUGGACGGAGAAUUGGUUUGCAUUCGAGAACCCGACUAUUCUUAUCAACUUCCUAUCGUGUAUUCGACCACAGACUCGGUCGUUGAUUACCAAGAUCUCGUUUAUGAUUGAUCCGGAUGAGGAGGGUGUGAAUCUGGAUCGGAAGUACGUACAGCAGUGCUGGCGGUUACUACGGCUGUGUGAUGGGUUGAUGGAGCUGGAGCUGGAUCAGCUCUUUCUGUCGAAUCUACAAUGGGUCCUGGGAAUCAAGAAUAUCACGCCGAAGAGGCGGAUGGCGUUUAUGAAGACGCCAGAUAGGGCGGAGAUUGCUUAUUUGAUGACAUAUGACCGGCGCAUUUGGCAGGGGGUUUCAAGGCGACAGCCUGUGAGUAAUAUAUUGACGCAUACACUGGCCAAAAGUAUGUUGAAGCAGAGGCCCAUGACGGCGAAGGCAGUGCGGGCUCUUUUUGACAGGCAGCAGCGGGGAGAGAAUGGAGAUGUGAGUGAUGGUGACUAG